UUUACAGACGUUGUUUGACGUAGAAACCAGAGAGAAAAAGUGCCAGUAGAUAUUCGCUUGGGUUUUAGUUAGGUUUCCAGACUUGUGUUGUUUUGAUUUACUUACCUGUCACAACAUAUAAAGGGGAUUUGGACUGAACAAGGGAAGAAAAAAAUAAGUGUUGUGUUUAGUUAGCGAUUUCAGUGUAAAAAGAGUUCUUGAAAAGAAAGAAUAUGCCUACUGAAUGUAUCGCAAAUCCCCUUCAAAGGGAACUUGCAGACUCAAUUAUACGUAUGGUCCCUUUGGAUGAAAUAAGGAUACUUUUAGCAUGUGGCGCCAAAGUUAACGAACCCGUUACUCAGGGACUCAUGCCACUUCACUAUGCCGUCUGGCAAAAAUACUACGAAGCAGCUCAAUUGCUCUUAACUAGAGGAAGUGACGUCAAUGCUACAGACGAGUGCGGCUACAGCCCCUUGCAUCUUAGUGCCGAGCAUGGAUAUACGGAAUUUGUUCGGCUGCUGCUGAAAUGUGGAGCUAAAGUGGAUUAUCGACCACAAACAAAUGAAGAAUUCCCGAAAACGACACACUGUGAUGAACCUUUGAGACUAGCCAUUAGAAACAAACAUAAGGAUAUUGUGAGAUUAUUAUUAGAACAUGGUGCUGAUCCUAACAAGCGAUAUUUUUUUGGUGCCGAAAUUAAUUUGGUAAACGAUUUGGAAUUUUUGGAACUCCUACUCAAUUUUGGAGCCAAUCCUGAUAGCAGGGAUAGAUCAGGUCUCACUCCCUUAAUGAAAGCUGUUAGGCAACCUAACAAUAUGGAAGCUGUACUUCUUUUGUUAAAGUAUGGUGCAAAUGUUAAUGCGAUGGCUGAUCAAAGACACGAUUAUAGAACAGUUUUGCAUUAUGCUGUGCUGUCUGGAAAUAUUGAUAUUAUUCAACUUAUCAUCAAACAAGGCGCAAAAUUGAAUUAUGACGAAGAUUAUGAUUUAGGAAAACCCAGUCCUUUAGACCUGGCAAUCUUAAAAGGAGAUCCGAAAAUUGUAGAGUUUCUUAUUCGAUCAGGUGCUAAUGUGAAUUUCAGUUCACCCAUUAUUGGAUCACCAUUACAUGUGGCCUGCGCGGAUGGAAUUCCAAAUAGAUAUGACAUAUUGCAAAUGUUACUGAAAGCUGGUGCAGACCCCAAUUUGAAAGUGUUCAGCGACGAGUUUGAUCCGAAUUCACAAUUGCGUCCUGUUCUUGUUGAGUACAUAGCAAGUAACGAAACCCCAAAUUUUGUCGUGAUUAAUACGUUGAUAAAAUAUGGAUCUAAGGUUGUGAUGAAAUCACAAUUCAGAGAUCCCGACGGCAUGUUGAAUUGCUUACACAACGUUGUUUCGAACGACGCAAUAUUCUUCCUGCUCACGGAAGCGUGCGAGUCCUUCGAUCCGUGCAUGAUCAGAAGAAACCAAGUGGUGAGCGAUCAACAGAAGACGACCUUGCUAGAAUUGGCAAAAUAUCCUCUCACACUCAAGAAACAGAUUAGACUCUAUUUGAGAAAGGUUCUGGGAUCGAGACUGUUGAAUUCCGCGAGCGAAUUUGAUAUUCCCAGAUGCUUAAAGAAGUAUCUUCUUUUCGAUUAUAGUUGAGAAAUUAUUUGUGAUCCGUUGGUAACUAUUGGUGAUUCAUAUCUCGUGAUAUUUACUAAAGUUGAAAGAUUUAUUUUGUGAUCGGAUGCACAAAUCCGUAUUUUUUCUCUCAUUUUUUAAACAAUAUUGGUAUUAAGAAAUAAAUUGAAUUUUAUACAAAUAAAAAAUUUGUAAACUAAAAUUAUUUUGAAACAAAAUGCAAAAUUAAUUUUUAUUUUAUUGGACCUUUUGACCACCUUGAUUGUUACUGAUAACACAACUAAUGUUUCAAUAAUCCUUUGUACACGUAUAUUAUUACUAACAACUAACAACUAACAAACUGUUUAUUUUGUGAUAAUGUUAAUUUGUGUUGUGUUUUUAUUAAUUAUCAUAGUUUUAUUAAACCUUUUAAACAUAUUUUGGUCAUGGACAUGAUUCAGCUCAUUCAGUAAGUAGAUUACUAAAAAAAUAUGGUUUGAAACUCGUUAAACCAUCGUUAAACCCUUAAAAAAUGUAUUAGGAACUUAUAUUCUAUUAAUAAUGAGUACGUAUAGCAUUGUAUGGAACUUAUUUAGCAGAAAUUCCGUAAUGCUAUGUGGAAGAGUAAUUUAAAAAUUUUUUUUGAUAUGAAAAAUAUUAAUAAAUUAAAUUCUCAUUUUCAUUUAUUGCAAAUAUAUAUAUUAGAGAAGUUACUCAAAUUACUAAACUAUUUAAUUAAAUAACUAAAUUAUUCCUAAGGUAAAAACCUCAGACUAAAAAUUGAUCAUAAGAUCAUAAAGGUGGUAGAAUAAGUGCCCAUGACAAAAAUUUGGUAAUUAUCAAAUUUUUUUAUCGCUAAUCAUAUAUAAUUUAUCAUUAUACUGUAUUGUGUGUUAUUUACUAAAAGACAUUUAACUAUACGUUAGUUGCUUAGCAUCAGCUUAAAGAGUAGACUAAUAUUUAAAGUGUUUUAACUUAUACUAACAUAUUUUUUAAGUUUAUGCCAUAUUUAACACAUUGACGAUUUAACUAUACAUAGAAUUUUCGUAUAAUAAAUUUGUAGUUGCUUUGUUAAAAUAUGUUUUAGAAUGCUUGUAACUUACUAGAGAAUCGUGCCAUAUAGCAUUUAGUUUAUUCAUAUAAUAAUUAUUAUCAUUUAAGAAAUAACAAGCUUCGAGCAGGGUGUAAACUGAAUCUAGUCGAUCUAUAGCCCCGCAUACACCAGAAGAUUUGACCUGCGGAUAUUGUCCACGAACUUGGCUUGUCGCACCGUAACAAAACUCUAGUAUUUUGGUCCACGGACAUGGUCUGGGACAAAAUUCGACGUUUUGACUUUUAAUAUCAGAGUUGUUAUAUAGAUAAAGGUUUUAUUGGAAUAAAAAUAGUCUCUUAGAAAAAAGAGCGCUACAGGUCCGACUUUAUCCUUCGUUUUUUCAGGCCAAUCUAAUCUCACAGAUCAAGUCCGCGGAUUUGGAUCUUGACAUAUGUGUAUUAUCCGAUGCUUAUCGAAUUUGUAACACAUAUAAUGACUGUUUAAACAUAACUUGAUAUUUCCGAUGGCUACCAAACGCUCACCUCAUUCGUCUCAGUAAAUAUACUUCUUCAUAACUUCAUAAACUAACUAAAAUUGACUAAUCAGAACGCUCUAAAUAACGGCUUGUCUUGUCCUGUAAUAAUUUACACAUCACAUAAUAUUUAUCGAUUUUCAUGCCUUGUUUAAUAAUUUGUUUAAAAUAGAGAGUACUUUGUUUAACAUAAAACUUUAUCUGCUUCAAUUAAAUUCUUAACAAAACAUAAUAUGAUAUAGUAAAAGGAAUGUUAUAAAAUAUAUUUGAUUGUUAAGUACUUAAAAGUAAUUUAAAUGUUAUGUGUAUAAUUUUAUUUAUAUAACUCAACUAAUACAUUUUUAAUAUAAUUUUAUUUUCGGAGGUGGUCAAAGUUAAAUAAAAGUUAUUAGAUUAGGUAAUAAAUAGAUACCUAACUAAUUCUUUAUUUUCAAAUUUUAAUUUAUUAACUUAUAACCAUGAAGUAUGUACCAUGUGCGUACGUGGAAGGAAACGAAUAAUUCCUCUCAAUUGGUAUUAUAGGUAUAAUAACGAUUUCCGAUAUUAGAUUACUUUUGUAUUGUAGUUUUGUAUGUUUUUAUUUAAGAGAUUUGUAUAUUUGUACUAAAUAUAAUAAAUAUGAAAGAUCGAAAAAA